CUCUAAUAGUCUUUUGCGUGUCUACCGCAUGGCCAAAAUAAUUGUUUUGUACUUUUUUUUAUUUAUAUCCCAGGAAUAUUAAUCCUGCGGUUAAUUUUGUAUAAGAUCCAUGUGGAUAUUUUAUAGAGUGAGAAGAUAGUGAAAAUCCCAUACAAAUAAAAAUAUUUGUAAUUGAACUAUUAUUAAGAAUCUUGAUAAAAAAUGGAGAAAACGAAACAAGGAGUACUUGAUUCCUUCCCGAAACUCAUUAAGGGAUCCGAUAAGGAGAGAAUUGCUGGCGGUGUUGAACUAGUCAAAUAUCUUUCAGAACAAAAUUGGAAUGAUGAUACGUCUGAGGAAUUAAAUUUAGCACUAAAAAGAUUGAUCCGUGGUACUGGAUCUGCUAAUAUAACGUCAAGAAAAAGUUUUUAUGUAACAUUAACUGGAUAUUUGACUACAAAACCAGACACACCUGUCGAAAAAGUUUUAGAACUUAUGGAAAUUGUAUUACAACCCGUCAACAACAAGCACAAAAGUGAAGUGGGAGAAGUUUACACUGGUAGAAUAUUAACAUGUGGAUCAUUAGUGCGUUCUAAAAUUCUUGAAAAAUGUUCAGCAGAAGAACAAGCAAAAGUUUUGGAACUUUUAAUAACUGCCGGGAAAAAACGCAGUUAUCUAUCCUUUGUUGCUUAUUCAUUUAUUAUUGAUUUUUUAAAUCAAAUCGAUGAGACGACAUUUGCCAAUAAUGUUUGGCCUUUACUUCAACAAGAAUUAAUUAAACCUUUGUUAGAACAAAAUUUAGAAACAUUGCACACACUGCUCAUAAUACAGGAGAAAUUUCCAUCUAUCGUUAGGAAGAUUUACAAAAAAACAUUUGGGUCUGAAAAUAUUAUUAAUGCCGAAUCCUUAGAAAGUAUUACGAAAAUCCUAACUGAAAUACCUCGAAUCGUGUGUUAUCGACAUCCGAUCUAUAAACUAUUUAUUGAAAAAUUGUCAACAACUGAGUACGUUCAAGUAUUUUGGACAGCUAUUGAUAAACGUUUUUUGAAACCAUCAAAAACUGACGAAUAUCUCGCAACAGAAUUAUUAAGACUUUUACUUGAUAAUGUUAAAGACAAAGCAACAAUUCCUGAUCUUCUUUCGGAAAAGUAUCUUCAUUUUAUGUUGAGAAAAUGUAACUUCAAUAAACGAAAUAAGAAGGAUGAGGUUACAAUUGCUUUCAAAAAUGUUCUACUGUCAUUGACAACAGUUUUGUCUGAGAAUGCUGACAAUAAAAUUAAAAUAAACACUUUAAUGAGAUUGAUUCAAUAUCCAGGCGAUUUAAUGAUUGAGAAAAUGACUGGUUUGAAAAUUAUUCAAUUAUUUACUGCUACUUUAGACGGCGAUGGAAUUAAAAAGUUGUCAAAAAUUUACAAAGAAAUAAUUGAAAAUUCAAGAGUUAAAGAGAGCAACAGUGGUGAUGCACAAACUUGGACUAAUGUGGAAAGAAUUUAUGCGAGUCAACUUUUGACAAAAUUAUUAAGCCAUCCGGAAAUGACAUCAAAUCAAAGUUGGAGACUGAAGCAACUUAAAUAUUUGUUUAAAUUUGGCCUUUGUGAAUCUGAUAAUUUUGGAGUUGACUUAGCAAAUCAAAUUAAAGUCAGCUUCUACCGUGCGCUAGACAAUAAAUUGCCAAAAUUGACUGAUUUGAGAUCUAUUUUAAGCAGUAUGGUUUCAUAUUUAAAUGAGGAAUUGUUUAUCAAGAGUGAUGAGUUGAAAUUGAGAGUUCCUCUCGAGGAAGCAGGUGUUGAAGCAUGGCAGAAAAUGAUGAAUGUAGUAAAAAAAUCUGAAGGUGACAAUGAUAAAUUUGCCGCUUUCUUUCAUACAAUGGAUUUGCACAUGGGAUUGCAACUUUUCACUGAUCCAGAAAUGGCAAUUUCAUCAAUUGACGAGUUGCAUAAUUGUUUCGAGAGACUUAAGAAAAAAUCACGAAAAUCGAAAAGUAAAUCCGAUGAAGAUGAACCCGAAUGGACGGAAGUUGUUGUCGAUCUUUUAUUGUCACUUCUUUCGCGCAAUGAACAUUUGCUUCGUACCGUUGUUGGCUGCGUCUUCCCUCACAUUUGUCCGCAUCUUACCAGCGUUUCAUUGCACCAAAUAUUGGCGGUAUUGGACGUGAAGAAUACGAAAGGUCCUUUAAGCGUGAAAGGAACUGAGGAUGACGAUGAUUCUUCAGAUUCUGAAGUUGAAUCUGAAAAUGAAGAGAACGGCGAAAAACGGAAUUUAGAUAAAAAUGGUAAGAAGAAAGAAGACAGUGAACCUGAAGAUGAUUCAGAAAACAAUUCCGAAGAAGAAGAAGAAGAGAAAGAAAAUAAAACCAUUGAUAGUGAUGAAAAUGACAGUGACGAUGAUGAUGAGGAUCUUGAUGAUGAUGAGGAGGAAGACGAAACCGUGACAGAUCGAUUGAGAUUAGCAGUGAGUCAAGCCCUGGGUGAUGCGGCCGUUCAAACCGAUGACGAAGUGGACGUGGACAAAAUUGACGAAGAGGAAGGCAAACGUCUCGAUGCAUCAUUGGCGGCGGCUUUCAAAAUUCUUCGCGAAAGUCGGAAAACACAAAUGAAAAAGCAGUCAAAAUCGGCCGAGACUUUAACUCAUUUUCGCAUUCGUGUUAUUGAUUUACUCGAAUCUUACUUGGAUUCAUGUCCUUCGAUGGCACUGGCUCUCGAUAUGGUCGUUCCGUUAUUUAUGCUUCUUGAAUAUUGUAUCAAGGAACCUCAUCAAAAACCACUGGAAAAUAAAGUAAAGAGUUGUUUGAAGAAGCUUGCGGCAUUAAAGAAAUUCAAGGAUACGGAUAAUGUGGAUAAUGAAUUAUUGACAACGCUAAUGAAACUUUUAAUUGAAAAGGGCGAACGUUCAGCGUCCGUUUGUCAAGAAAUGGGCGAACAACUCGCCAGGUGUUGUAUUCUUUUGGUUAGAUGCUCACAACAAGCCAAUUUACCAAUGGACGAUUUGGCUGCGAUUUACGUCGAAAAUUUGACAGCGUUCUUUAAGAAGAGAGACUGCAUUCUUUCGGUAUUCUUUUUCAAGAAUAUCCUGCAACUCUGCUGGGAGGGCAACUGGAUGCUUGUUCCACUUUUGGUGGAAUUCGCUUUCGAUAAUGAGAUUCGUUCGUUUAGAAGAAGUCAGGCUUUGGAACUUUUGCUUGUUUUCUAUCGGAAUGCGAGAAUAUUACAAGGCGAUGAUCAUAAAGAAAAGAGAUUGAAACUUGAGAAAAAAUUGUGUAAGAAGAGUGUGAAGUUAUUACAAGAGAAUGUUGCGCAAAGUCAUAACCGUGAGGAAAAUUCGAAAGAUGAACAAGUAAUUGGAAAGGAAAUUAAGCAGAAAUUUGUUGUCAAUUUAUUUACACUGUUGCACGCGGUUCGUCCUCAUCAUUUGCCACAAGCGUGGGAUUGGAAAUUAAUAGCAGACUCUAUGGCCGCUUAUAGAUUAAAUGUAUAUCUAGCGAAAAAUGUUAAGACUUGUUACAACAGAUUGGCGUCACAAAUCGGAGCUCCCGUAGUGUCAGCGAACAAGAAGAAAGAAAUAAAAGCGGAGCCUGUCAAUGGAGUUCAAAACGGCAAACACGAGGAUUCGGCCGUCGAAUCUGGUUCAGAGGAUGAUAAUAAAAAGGAGGAAUCGACAAAUUUGAAGAAGAAAAAGAAGAAAGCCAACCAGAAAGCGAAGCAGAAAUUGAAAAAAGAGGCUCGGAUGUUACGAGCUCAGGCAAUGGAGGAAGGUUUACAGUCACUUGAUUUCAGUUCUGUUGUCUUAUCGAAUGGCACACACGAAAUGGACAUCGACAGUGAACCCACGGAAGUGAAUGAAACGACGGAAACUCUAAAACAUAAACGAAAUAUUCACGAUUUACAAAGUCGUCCCAGUAAGAAAAAGAAAGUAAACAAAACGGACACUUAGAUAAAA